CACCACUAUCAACAAUCAUGACGUCAGACAUUUUAUAUGUUCCCCACGGUUGCCCCUCCUUUUUUUUUGCCCAUGCGAAUCAGCAAUGCAAUUCUAUUGAAUGCCAAUGCAAAGCUACUGUUUUGCCCAUAUCAGGGCAUGCGGCUGUGCACCACACACAUACCGGCCCCAGAAGAUCGUUCUGGUUCCGUGAAUCCCGUGCUUCCAGUUGGAUUUGAUUAACCGGCCGUUAUACCUUAUCAGUCCUCCCGUGUUUCCUCAAAAACAAACCCUUUGUCGUCAUCGAAUGCAGAAAGCCACGACGAUGCAAGGCGAGAGUACUCACAUGGACAUGGACAUGCAGCUUACCGCCUCUCCAUGACCGAAGCCCAUCCUCGUUAUCGUCGUGGAGACUCCAAUGGGUGGACCCACUAACGGUAUCCGACUGGAACCCUCUCGCUAUGGGCCAAUGAAGCGCUGAAUCCAGACGUGUGCCUGACUUGGUAAAAAAAAUGGCCUUUUGGCGGGCGGUGACGGAAGAUUGUCUCAUGGUCUAUGAUAUAAGCUAGGGGUGAGCCACGACAACCCCUCCUCAAACUGCACCCCUAAAUCGAAAGAUUUUUUUUGAGAACGUUCUGUCCACGGCAACUGUUUGUUGACAAGGAGGACAUAUACAAGAGGAAAUAGAGAGAUUUACCGGCAGAGUCCAUAUUAUACCCCGCCAAUGCACACGAUGCCUUCUGCUCUGACGCCACCGGUUGAGGGCGAGAAUGAGGAUCUCUCCGUCCCCAGAACGAGCUAUCAACCUACACAAACUGAUGCCGCCAGCAAGAAGCGGAAGGUGAUUUGCUUCUCAGACUUCGACGGCACGAUAUUCAUGCAAGACACCGGGCACAUCCUCUUCGACAGCCACGGCUGCGGCAGCGAACAGCGCGCCAUCCUGGACGAGCAAAUCAAAUCCGGCGAGCGCUCCUUCCGCGACGUCUCGGAGGAGAUGUGGAGUUCCCUCAACGUGCCCUUCGAGGACGGCUUCGAGAUCAUGGAGGAGAAGCUCGAGAUGGACCCCGACUUCCGCGAAUUCCACAAAUACUGCCUCGCCAACAGCAUCCCCUUCUACGUCAUCUCCGCCGGCCUGAAACCCGUGCUCCGCGCGGUCCUGGAUAAGUUCCUCGGAGAGGAGGAGUCGUCGCAUAUCAAGAUCGUGGCGAAUGAUGCGGAGAUUGCAGAGGAUGGGUCGGAGUGGAAGCCGAUCUGGCGCCAUGAUACGGAGCUGGGGCAUGAUAAGGCGCGCUCUAUUACCGAGUACCGCGAGUCGGCUAAGACGGCUGCGUCUACCGACGAGCUGCCGCUGAUUGUCUUCAUCGGCGAUGGUGUCUCAGAUCUGCCCGCUGCGCGCGAGGCGGACGUGCUGUUCGCGCGCAAGGGGCUGAGGCUCGAGGAGUACUGUGUUGAGCACAAGAUUCCGUAUAUCGGGUUUGAUACGUUUGCGGAUGUGCAGAGGGAGAUUGAGAGUAUUACGGAGGAUGAUGUGAAGAAGACGGGUGGAAAGGGGAAGCCGGCGAGGUUUAACCCGCGUGCGAACUUCUGGAGGAGAGUCUCCAGCCAGCAGUCGGUUACGAGGUGAUUGGGAGAGGGAUAGACUGGGGGUGGGCGUCGUUAGCGUGGCUGUUUGCUUUGGGCGAUGUCUAGAUAUCAAUAUAUUAUAUUAUAAUUG